UCCAGGAAGUUGGCCCUUCAGAGUGUAUCGGUGGAGAAGGUCGUGCUUGUGGCGAGGAGGGAAGGCUCCAGGAGCCAGAGCCGGUGCAGGAGCUGCGGGCCUGUCUCCAAAGGGAUGCUUACAUAGCUGAUAGCAGUGUAUUCUGCCUUCAGUGGAAAUGGAAGACAGCCCACCAUCCUUGUCUGAGUAAUGACACCAUGUCCUCAUUGGUGAAACGAGACCAAUAACACUGAAAGUGGGUUUCGUCCUGUGUCCUGCAGCCCAUCUUCUACUCGGAUACUUUUUGGUGACUCAUCUUCUGCUGAUCCCUUGCUUACUUCACAGGGACAUUAGGAGAUUUAAUUAAAGUCUGUAGAAUGCCUGAAGCCCAUCAGAGAAACAUGCAGCAUUCUUAGUGUAGAUGAUACUUUUAAGUUCUAUAAUCUCUUGAAGGUGUCCGAGUGGCAGCUGUCAUACUUGGAAGUCACUAGAAGGCGACAAGGAGAGCUAGAAUUGCACUGGAAGAGAUCUCAUCGCAGCGACUGUCAGCCUUUUUUCUGCAUGAUUACCAUUUUCACACCAAGAAGGGUGGCCUGAGAAUUCAGAAAAAACACUCUUUUUAGAGCAUCUCCUGGCGCCCUCGGAAAUGUCUUCCUUAAGUGGCAAAGUCCAAACUGUUUUGGGCCCAGUGGAGCCAAACAAACUGGGCCGCACCCUGACCCAUGAACAUUUGACAAUGGCAUUUGAUUGCUGUUACUAUCCACCUCCUCCAUCUCACGAAGCUAUCUCUAAGGAAACUAUUAUGCUGAAAAAUUUGUUCUGGAUUCAGAAAAACCCUUAUUCCCAUAAAGAGAAUCUUCAGUUGAAUCAGGAGACGGAAGCAAUCAAAGAAGAACUGUUGUACUUUAAAGCUAAAGGUGGGGGGGCUUUGGUGGAAAACACGACCACUGGGAUCAGCCGCGAUGUGCAGACUUUGAAGUGGCUGGCAGAAGAGACUGGCGUCCAUAUCAUAUCAGGAGCUGGGUUUUAUGUGGAUGCAACUCACUCUUCAGAGACCAAAGCCAUGUCAGUGGAGCAGCUCACUGAUGUCCUUGUUAAUGAAAUUCUCCACGGGGCUGAUGGAACCAGCAUCAAGUGCGGCGUUAUUGGGGAAAUCGGUUGCUCCUGGCCUCUGACUGAGAGUGAAAGAAAGGUCCUCCAGGCAACAGCCCACGCCCAGGCUCAGCUUGGCUGUCCUGUUAUCAUUCACCCUGGAAGGCAUGCAAGUGCACCCUUUCAGAUUACCCGAAUAUUGCAAGAAGCAGGUAUAGACAUCUCCAAAACAGUUAUGUCGCACCUUGAUAGGACUAUACUUGAUAAGAAGGAACUACUAGAGUUUGCUCAAGUUGGCUGUUACUUGGAAUAUGAUCUCUUUGGUAAUGAACUCCUUCAUUACCAAUUCAACCCAGAUAUUGACAUGCCUGAUGAUAAUAAAAGAAUUAGAAGGGUGCGUCUUCUGGUGGAUGAAGGCUAUGGAGAUCGAAUUCUGAUGGCACAUGACAUACACACAAAGCAUCGGCUGAUGAAAUACGGAGGUCACGGCUAUUCUCACAUACUCACCAACAUUGUUCCUAAAAUGUUGCUUAGAGGUAUAGCUGAGAAUGCACUUGAUAAGAUACUGAUAGACAACCCUCAGCGAUGGCUAACUUUCAAAUAGGAUGGUUAUAAAUUCACACCUUGACAACAGAGCUUACAGAGAACAUUCAGUGAUUUUAGACGUGCUGCGAGAUAUUAAUUAAUCAGAGAUACAAAAGAGUAGUGAUGGAUCAUUUCCCUUUUAUGAGAAUUAGAAGCAUUCUGCCUUCUCAGAGACCAGCCCUCAUCUCUGCACCUUGGGGAGCCAGGGUGCCUCAUGGAGCCCUACUGCCUGGCUUUAGCAAAAUAACACCAAACUACCAACUUUCGAACAAUGACUUAUAGUUUGAAAUCCUUCAGUGAAGUUAAGUUUUGUUUUCUUAAUUUAUCAGCUGCUCUACUUGAGAAUUUAAAAUGUUUUUAGUUAAAUCAGCCCCUUCUGGAGCAGUCCAAUGUUUCUCAUAAUAUUGAUGAUCCAACUAAUUAUCCUGCUGUUCUUUAAUUAAUGCUUAAUGAAUGAUAUGGCACUUUAAAAUAGCUUCUUCAGCAAGGGAAGUGGAAUUCUGAGAUUUUUUUCAAUAGAUACUGUAAGACAAUUACCAAUUUACAAUGGUAAAAAUAGUGUGGAAGGUUAAUUAUGUGAUGUCCAUCUAUCUAUAUAUGCAUAUAAUAAAUCAAUUUGUGUUGCAUGUGGCUUUCUGAAAUACAGUUUUACUAUAUAUUUUGUUACAUUUUGAAAAAUUUCGAUAAGGAGGCAUGAACUCAUAACAUAAUACUGAAUUAUAAAAAUUCAAUCAUAAAAGUCAGAAUAUAUUACAUAAUAUAGUUUAAUGAAUCAUUACAUUUAUAAUAACAAAGGCCACAAUUUAAG